AUGACACCGUCUUUGUGCAUACUAGAACAUGAACCCCAAGCACCCCCCCAAGCUUGUGGUUUUCGAAAAUAUGUUCCUCCGCCAGGUCACUCUCGCAUUAUUGGACUUGACAAGACAAAUAUUGAGACUUAUUCCAAUAAAAUCGCAAGUUCCCCACAGGUAGUAUCAGUUUUUGACGAAUGGAAGGCGCAACUAGCAGAGCCUUUUUACGGGAUCACGACCGACGGACAUCGCCAGGAAGGGAUUUUUGGGAGAGCUGAUGAGGGUGCCCCAAUUGAGGAGAUGGUCGCCGCGGCUAAGGAAAUCCAAGCUGUACUUUCAGACGCAGAGCUACGUGCUGUUAGCUACGGAAUUGACUCUGAUUCUUGGUUACUGCUAACUGGCAUCAGGAGAAAAUGGUCCAAUCCGGAAGUAUUAAUCUUCAAGUAUGGGCUACGGCUUCACACACUCGCGACACACAAAAUCAAAGCAAUCCUCAAGCUAGUAGAGGCUAGCUUGAGCGAAGCAGGAUACCAAAAGGUUAUUGGUGCGAUGGAGUUGAAUCAUUUCCUGGGAGAAUUGGUCCACGCGGCGCCUAUUCUCAACCGAUACAGCUACCAAUUCGCAAUUUACGAAACGCCCUCGACAACUAAGCCAUGGGGCUUUUCCCUGACUGGGCAUCAUGCCUGUGUGAAUAUCUUUAUUCUGGGGAAGCAGAUGACAAUCAGUCCUGUUUUUCUCGGUGCUGAACCAAAUGAAAUCGACACAGGGCCACGCAAAGGUCUGAGUCUCUGCGUCGACGAAGAAACCUAUGGGUUAAAGCUGAUGCAAACUCUCCCGAAAUCCCUCCAGCAAAAAGCCCAAAUUUACACUGAAAUGUACACCGAUCAGAUGCCUCCCGGCCGGUGGAACCCAUACGAUCAGAGGCAUCUCGGUGGCGCAUUUCAAGACAACCGCAUAAUUCCAUACGAAGGCAUCAAAGCGACGGAGAUCCCUUCCGCACAGCAAGAUCUCCUGCUCACGGUCAUCGCCUCAUUUCUGGUCCUCCUCCCGCUUAAUCCUUACAGGGCCCGCAUGCAACAGAUUAAGAAUGCCCUAGAUGAGACCUACUUCUCUUGGAUCGGUGGCUUCGGCGAUGAGGAUCCGUUUUACUAUCGGAUCCAGAGUCCGGUAAUUAUGGUGGAAUUUGAUCACCACUCUGGCGUUUUUCUGCUCAAUGAGGCACCGGCCAAGCAUCAUGUUCAUACCAUUAUCAGGACUCCGAAUGGGAAUGAUUAUGGGAGGGAGUUGUUGAAGGAGUUUCGCAAUGGGGUGACGAGCAAAGAUUUUUGA